AAUUGUCUGCCUGAUUGGGGAUGAGUGUCCUUGGGGACAGGAAUGCUCACAGGGGUCUCCAGGGUCAGGGCUCCUCCCAUGGCUUAGAGCUGCUGCUGCUGCUGCUGGAGCAGGGGUCCAGUGUCUCCCUGCGCUGCUUCCCUUUGUGCUCAGGAUGGGGCAGCUCCCACCUGUGUCAGUGUGGGGUGAGGGAUCCUCAGCUGAGCUCUGGAAGGAACCCAGGGGAGAGAGGAAAACUUGCUGAGAGCUCCUAUGGAGAGAUUUCUCCCACCACCACCUCCCUCCAAGCACCUGCUUGGGGGCUGUGUUCCUGUCAAUGCAGCUGGAAUGUGUUGGUGUUUCCUGGCAGGACAGUGAGGGUCACUGUGAUUCUGGGAGCUCACAACAUAAGGGGCCAAGAACAGAGCCAGCAGAAGAUCCCAGUUGGACGAUGGAUCAUCCAUCCUGAAUAUUGCCCUGAUAACUUUAAAAAUGACAUUGUGCUGCUGAAGCUGAAGAAAAAAGCCAGGAUCAAUAAGAAUGUGCAAUGUAUCUCCAUUGCCAAGGAAAACGAACAUGUGGGAGAAGGAGCUUUAUGUAAUGUCUCUGGCUGGGGCUGGACAUCUGACAAAGGCAACGCAGCUAAUGUGUUGAUGGAGGUAGAACUGGAGGUACAAAAUGAGGAAAUUUGUGAGCAGAUUUCCACUGACUACCAGAGACAGUCUAUGAUCUGUGUUGGUGAUGCAUACAGUAAAAAAUCACCAUACAAGGGUGAUUCUGGUGGCCCAUUAGUCUGCAAUAAGAAGGCUCAUGGAAUUGUUUCCCACGGAUAUCCUGAGGUCCUCUUCCCUGAGGUAUUCACCAGGAUCUCGCACUUUGAGCCCUGGAUCCGUAAACAGCUGAGGAGGUUUGGGCGCAAGGUGAUUCCUUGCUUUCCAUUCUCUGACUAAAAUGCUGAGAGCCCCUUCUCCACAAUGCAUCAAACCCCUGCUGGUGCUCAGAAGCUCCCAGGGCAGCUGAAGUAGAGUCAGAGAAGCCCCUGUGGUGCAGGCACAGCCUUUGGCACUAAGGAGAGUCUCUGUGGCAAGGUGCAAAUGCAGGUCCCAAGUACACCCAGCCUCCCACUGCUCCUUUCCUCUCACUGCUGCUCCAGCUCUGCUUCUGGCCAUCAAUAAAAGCAUGUUCAAACUCAA